GUGUGUGUGUGUGUGUGUGUGUGUGUGUGUGUGUGUGUCACACUCCGUGGGAAAGUUCCAGCAGCAGUGGAGGAGGAGGAGACGGAGGAGAACUCACCGGUCAUCAGUCCACUCUGCAGCCGACACACGGGCCACCUGCCCCGGACUGUUUACUGGAGACACACCGCUGGAUAAGUCCUGGAGGAAUCUUUUCAUGGACAGGAGAUUAAUCCACCACAUUUACUCUUCCUUCUUCUUCGUGAUUUAAUGCUGAAAAACUUUCAGAAAAGUCUGUUUUUUUUGUAUCGAGGGAUCAUUCAUUUCACAGUUGUGGAAAAGUUUUGCAGCUUUUAUUUUUCUCUGCAUGGAAGAAAACUCACCUGAAGCUUCAUGAACCUCUGGAUUAAAGACACAAAACAUCACUGACACUCCUCUAAGAUCCUUUGACGACCUCAGCACCCUCUGAAAGACACUCUUUAUCUUUUUUAAACACUCAGAAGUAUUCCUGAGAGAUCGUCGUGGACUGUCGAUGAUUCAUAUUGAUUGAUGAUUAGACUUCAGAGUCACAGUCUUCGGUCCUUUUAUUCAUUUAGUCUCUUAAAGUAUCUGACAGCGAUCUUUAAAGAUCAGAGUUUCUGAGGAGGAAGAAGUAGCUUCAUUUUUAUCUUCUUUUUUUUGUAAACCUCCACACCGGGCAGACACGGCCAGCCCUCCCCGGCUUCAGAGCGCCAUGAAGCGGCCGUGUGAGGAGAGCAGCUCCGCGGAGAGCGACGUGGAGGAGAGCAUCGACGUGGGCAGAGAGAGCGUUUAUCCCGGGCACAUGACGUCGUCUUUCCCAGGAUGUGGAUCACCGAUGACCACGACCCCGACACAAGUGAUGGCGAGGAAGAAACGCAGAGGGAUCAUCGAGAAGAGACGCAGAGACAGAAUCAACAACAGUCUGUCCGAGUUACGGCGGCUCGUCCCCACCGCCUUCGAGAAGCAGGGUUCGGCCAAACUGGAGAAGGCAGAGAUUCUGCAGAUGACUGUGGAUCAUCUUAAAGUUCUGCAGGCCUCAGGAGGGAAAGGUUAUUUGGACGCCCACGCUCUGGCUCUGGACUUCCUGUCUCUUGGCUUCAGGGAGUGUAUGACAGAGGUUUCCCGCUACCUGAGCGCCGUGGAGGGCCUGGACUCUGGCGACCCGCUACGCUCCCGCCUCCUCUCCCACCUCUCAUCCUGCGCCUCGCAACGAGAAGCCGCCGCCCUCACCAUGACCUCAUCACACCCCCACCUCCAGCAGCCGCCUCACCCUUUCCCUCACCCCUUCCACCACCACCACUGGGCCGCUGCAGUCGCAACUGCGGCUGCGUUUCGACCCGCCGCCGCCGCACCGUACGGACUGAGCGGGCUCUCUGUUUCUCCUGAUGCUGGAGGAGGCGGAGCCCCCCUAUCACAGCGCUGCGUAGCCUCCUACGCAGACUCCACCUCCUCCUCCCCUCCCUCCUCGUCUCUGAUGCUGCCCUGCGCCCCCGCUCCUCUCUCGGCCUCCCUCCUCUCUCUCUCGGCGUCCUUCCCCAUCGCCCUCCACUCAGCUUUCCCCCUUCUCCCCGCCUGCUCCUUCACCUCCUCCGCCACCGCCAGUCCUCCCAUCUCCUCCUCCUCCUCCUCCUCCUCCUCCUCCUCACACACUCCUCUCAGCAGCAGUAAACCGUACAGGCCGUGGGGGACCGAGGUCGGAGCUUUCUGACACACACUAACUCCUGAUAUUUUGACAAACUGACACCUUUAACAGCCUGGAAACACGUAAACCAGCACUGAACACAUUUCUUAUAAACACUUUUUGAUCUGGUAACGAGUUAACGUUUGAGCUGCUUGUGACUGUGACAGAUUUACAAUGUACUUCAUCCACUCAACUUUUAACAUCUUUAUCAUUAAACCCCCUGAAAGACUAAAAAUCAGAAUACCUGCUGAAGAGAUUUCUGUUUGUUUUGCACCCCAAACUUUUCCAUGUUGCUGCUCCUCCUAACCCUGAUAGGAACUUUAGAAGGAAGGAGCCACACAACAUUUAGGUUUCAGUCUUUGUCUUGGAUUUAAUGUGCAACCACCACACAUAGAAUUUUCUAUUUUUACACAGCGGGAAGUUUGACUGCACUUGCUGCCACCGCGUCCCGACCUCAUAUGAGCAGAAGAAAAAGAAUGGAUGGAUUUCACUGUGCAGCACUUUUAAAAACAAGGGUCAACAAAGUGCUUUAACACGUGCAGACGCAAACAUAUGAACAAAGAAUAAGAACACAAACAAUAUCUGUAACCUAGGCAACAUGCAGCCCUGAAAAUAUCCUGAUCAUGUCAGGAGGGCUGCUCCUCACUUCAACAUGUUUCCUUAAAGGUGACAUAUCCUCCUCCUCAUUUUAAAAAAAAAGUGUAAAUAAGUGUCAGAGCUCCUCUUCAACAUGUGUGUGAAGUUUCUUGUUCUAAAUCCACUCUGAUCCUGUAUUUGAUCAUGUCUAUAAACCCCUCUAUUUCAGCCCUGCUCAGAACAGGCUGUUUCUGUGUCUGUACCUUUAAAUAUGUAAAUGAGCUGUGUCUGACCACGCCCCCUCUCUGGAAGGGCUUGGGUGUACUCGGUCUUUCUCGCUCCAUGUCCUAUUGUUUACAGUGAGAAGGCAGACUCAGAGGGCAGAACAAACACCUAGCUGUGGGAGUGUCACCCACCUGGGGGAGGGGCUACUGCCCUUUGUGAUGUCAUGAAGGGAAAAUCUCCAAACGGCCUGUUUGAGCACACAUUUUCUGAAAAGUGAGCAGACAGAAGACGGAGAGGAUGGACUUUUCUCAUCAUUGGGGGGUUUGUAGACAGACUAGAGACACAUGUUAGAGGAACAUGGAGAAGAGGAUUUUAGAGAAUAUGUGACCUGAUUUUAUAGUAAGGUUAUUUUAUCUUUUCAGUCCCUACAGAUCUCACUGAUUGGUCCUUUAAAUCAUGUUCCACUUGUUUCAUCAUCGGCUCUGUUGGUGUGACUCGUCACUGAGUGUGUGUGUGUUUCUACAAAUAAACAUGAAGUAACAACUUGA